AAAAUGAAACCCUUUUUUCUUCUGCUGGUGGAUUUAAAUUUGCAGCGUUUUCAUUAACUCCUUUCAGCAUUUCCAUUGCUUCUUUGACUCGACCUUGCAUGAGAAGCCACCUUGGAGACUCGGUGACGAAAAGAUAAGCAAUGAAAGAGUAUGAAAUAGCAGGAACAGAAAUCCACACGUAAAGAUAUUUCCAUGAAGAAUUUCUGUUGGCAUAAGGUUAAGGUUAAGGUUCACUCUUUCUUGCUCUCUCGCUUCUCCAAGGACGUUAAGGUUCACUCUUUCUGAAUCACAACCAAACCACAGAGGGAAGGUUCUGAAUCUGAACAGUUUUGGGGUUUUGGGAUUUGGUAGGAGGAAAAUAAGAAUAUCCCAGUCAAAAGAUCCUUAGAGAGGCUGAAAGUGAUCUUCACCUAUUUUCUUGUCACUACUCAACAGGUAAGAGAUAGUUUUUUGCUUGCUAAAGUAAUAUAUCUGUGUUUCCCAUCCCCUUCUGAAGGCAAAGAGUUGACUUGCUUUAGAUGGUUUUCUUCCAAUACCUGACUGGUCAAUGUGCAGGGUACAUGCUCUUGCCAGGUGUGGCUUAUGCCAACAAAAAUUCUUCAUGGAAAUAUCUUUACGUGUGGAUUUCUGUUCCUGCUAUUUCAUACUCUUUCAUUGCUUAUCUUUUCGUCACCAAGUCUCCAAGGUGGCUUCUCAUGCAAGAUCGAGUCAAAGAAGCAAUGGAAAUGCUGAAAGGAGUUAAUGAAAACGCUGCAAAUUUAAAUCCACCAGCAGAAGAAAAAAGGGUUUCAUUUUGUCAACUCUACUCAUCGAUAGCAGUGUUGUUAAGAACAAGUUGGGCUCCAAAACGGAUGGUGGGAGUUAUGGGGUUAGGUCUUGGCAUUGGAAUGGUGUACUUUGGGAUGCCAUUAGCAGUGGGAAGCUUGAACUACAACAUAUACCUUGCAGUUGUGUUGAAUGCGUUGAUGGAAAUACCGUCUUGCGUGGUGACCUAUUUCUUGGGAAACUGCGGGAGAAAGUUAUCGAUUCUUGUGUUCUCAGUAGGAAGUGGGAUAUGUUGCAUAGUGUGUGUGGUGAUAGGCAGUGAAGGUGUUAAGGUGGGGUUUGCAGUGGCAUCGUUUUUCUGUGCAUGCACUGCUUUUAACGUGUUUCUGAUAUUCAUGGUGGAGCUGUUUCCGACAUGCGUGAGGAACACUGCAGCAUCGGUUGCGAGACAGGCUGUGGUGUUUGGGUGCAUGUUCAGUCCGUUUCUGAUAUCUGCUAGGAGAAAGAACAAGGUUUUCUCUUAUGGCGUGUUUGGAGUGGUUAUAAUCUCCUCCACUUUGACGUUGUUGGGUUUGCCAGAGACAAGAGGAAUGCCUCUUUCUGACACCAUGGAUCAACAGCAGAACAAAGAAAACAACUUCCCACUCUGAAAUGGAAAUUCUUUCUGCUUUUCUCGACUUUUCUAGGCUUUCUUGCUUCCUAUUACAACUCCCACCUCCACUGUCAAACAUUUAACUUAGAAAAUCGAACAAUUUCAUUAUUAAAAUUCUGUGUUUAGUUGUAAUCGUGAGGGUUGUUAAUUUUCCUUUUUGAUCAUUUUGCAAAAUUUCAAAGGUUACAUAUUUAUACUCGUAUUAAAAAGAAAGAAAAUGUAACUGUCUAUUCUAUACUUACAUAUAGAAUCUAAGUUAUUCCAUAACCUUUGUCAUCUCACCAGUUUUGCUUUACAAGGUUUUGACAUUGAAUAGGACAUUAGUACCAGUGAGAGUAUGAAAACGAGACAAAAGAGAUUUUGUGUUUGAUCCACAAGAAGUACUUUCUAACCCAACACCUAUGUGUACUAAGUUGUCCUUUAUUGGUACCUUAUUCAAUAAGACUUUCUACCCAAAAUGUUGAGCAUUUAGAAGAGCUUUCAAACUCCAAAAAAAUUUAAACAAUAUAGUGUUCUCCCGCGCCAAAACAUUUUGCAAUAUAUUGUAUGCCAACCAUAGUGGAAAUACUCCAUUCUCAUCUUCUUUCCAAGCAAGUAUCUUCCUUUUCAAUAUCAAAUAUUUGGUUUGUUAUGAUUUGCAUUAGUUCUUCUUGGUCUGAUUCCCAUACUAAUUUCUCUCUUCCAAGACAGAUUUCAAACUCUCUAUUCACCUAGCCGUCCAAUCAUUUUUUCCUUACUAUUUGAUAUGAAAAACAAUUGAGGAAACCUAUGACUAAGAGGUAUUUUUUCUUCUAUUUGUCCUCCCAAAAUUUUUUCUUCUAUGACUAAGAUAGAAAAUGAGGUAUUAAGAUUUGGAGUUUUAUGAAUU